AAUCAUAAAAGGGAACAAAGCAUUAAAAAUGCAUGGCCAAAAUCAAUGUCGAAAUACGACAUCGUCGUUCCAUGAAGAUCUUUGCAGGCUUUAACAGUAACUGGAGGACCAGUUUGGCGCAUGCGCCAAUCUCCAGACGUCAACUGACAAGAUAGGCUUUACACGUACAUACACACACACAGGGAAGUCUUAAUUUCCCCACAAGUGAAGCUUUUUUAACAGCUAAAAAGUUAUGAGAUAGAUAGUUCGGUAGAUAACUACACUAACAUUUGGUUCACAAAGCUGGCAUUGCCUCGGUGAAAAUGGACCAGCAGUUUGAGGACAUAGAGUCCGGGGGCCGGUGGCAGAAAUUGUACAUGGAAAUUAGAAGUCAGUCUCACGAGUGUGCCUACAAGGUGGCAAAGUAUCCAGAGAAUCGCAUACGCAACCGAUACAGAGACGUCAGUCCAUUUGAUCACAGUCGGGUCAAACUGAAGGACACAGACAACGACUACAUCAACGCCAGCCUGGUCGUCAUGGAGGAUGCUCAGCGACGUUACAUAUUGACUCAGGGUCCCCUCAGGAACACAUGCGGCCAUUUCUGGCUCAUGAUCUGGGAGCAGAACACCAAAGCCAUCAUCAUGCUCAACAGGGUCAUCGAGAAAGGCUCGGAAAAGUGUGCCCAGUAUUGGCCCAUGGCCGAGGACAGAGAGAUGGCCUUCAAGGACACCCGCUUCUCGGUGACGCUGCUGUCGGAAGAGAUCAAGUCUUACUACACUACCAGAGUUCUGGAGCUGCUGAACGUUCAUACGGGUGAGAAAAGAGAAAUACACCACUUCCAUUACACCACGUGGCCCGACUUUGGUGUCCCGGAAUCCCCGGCGUCCUUUCUCAACUUCCUCUUCAAGGUGCGCGAGUCGGGGGCGCUGGGAGCAGAUCACGGGCCAGCCGUGGUGCACUGCAGCGCCGGAAUCGGACGCUCAGGCACCUUUUCGCUAGUGGACACGUGCUUGGUGCUGCAGAUGGACAAGAGGAAAGAACCGUCAGUGGACAUUAAAAGGGUUCUUUUGGACAUGAGGAAAUACCGCAUGGGUCUCAUCCAGACUCCUGAUCAGCUGCGCUUCUCCUUCAUGGCCGUCCUGGAAGGCUCCAAGUGCAUCAUGGGAGACUCCACUGUGCAGAGCCAAUGGCGAGAGUUGUCCCAGGAAGACCAGGCACCCACGACUGACUCCCCUCCCACCACCCUGCCCCAGGCCCGCUGUCCCACAGAGCGAUGCAACGGCAGCCAACAGACGGGACGGCUCGACGAGCAAGAAGACUACAGGCAGGACGACAAGGUCCAAACAGAGUCCCCCUCCAAGGAGCAGGAGCAGGACAACAGCACAACAGCACACAAACGACGCAGAGACGACAGCUUCUCUGUAACGGACGCAGUCAAAACAAGCCAAAGGACGAACGACGGCGAGAGGAAGAGGAAAAGAGCCAAGACAAGCGACUGCUGACUCUACCCCCCGCCCCCCACCCGAGGGUACGUUCACAGGAAACGCUGACAGCAAAACAUCUGCAGGGAACACCAGCUGGCCUCUCACUCCCACCAGCGUUCCUCAACCAUUCAAACACUUCUCUGCAUCACUUGUCAUCAUCCCUCUCCAAACUGUUUACAAUACACACACACGCUCAACGUUAUUCAAUAAGAAGACACCAGCAUUAUUAAAAUGUUUCUUUGCAACUUUGUCAUACUACGUUUAUACAGACUGAAAUAGGAGCUAUGCAUUGCCAUUUUAUAAAUGUGUAUUUUUCCAGGGGUGGAAAUGUUUCUAUUUUUUAUAAGAAUACUUGAAGUUUUCCACAGCACUGUGGCAAGAGUCAGUGGCAUGUAUAUAAAGGGUUUUGUUGACACAAAAAACAAUGAGCAUUGUUACACAUUUUAAGACAAUUUGAUGACAUUUUCUUCUAUGGAGGGGAAAAAAAGUCAAUGCUAUGAAUGUUAUCUUUUAAUAAAACUGGUAUCUAGUUUAUGACACAUCAUCCUGUGAUGGAAGAAAUUGCUCAUAUUCUCAAUCUGUUUCAUUUAUAAUGGAAAUAUUUGGCUCUUUUUUUUUUAAAUUUUCCCAUCAGUCUUAUUUCAAGGAGAUGUUGAACACUUGAAGUGAUGUCAGUGAUGUAUUGUUGUAAGAGUCAUGUUACAGUCGUGGGCGGGAAUGCUGGGAACACCGCGUGGCGCCUGGCCAACCACUUUCAGUUAGUCGGGCUGAAUGAGGUCCAGCCGAGAAAUGGUCAAAAAUUCACACCAUCUUUGCGAUUGUGGUCUUUUUUUUUCACCUCCCCCAAAUAUAAA